UAUGCAAUAACACAACAGAAAUAUCAAAUAAUUGCCAGAAAAAAACACACCUUCCAACCCCAACAUAUAUUCCCCCACAUAACCAAACAACCCAACGCCCACACUCAGAGACACACCCAUUCAAUCUACAGGGAGAAAGAGAAACUCAAGCACAAGUCACAACACUUGCCCAAGAACCUCCGCUUUUAUUUGCUCUCUCUCUCUCUCUCUCUCUCUCUCUCUCUCUCUCUCUCGGUCUCUGCUCGUAAAAGAGCCCCAAAGAUUCUCUCUUUCUCUUUUCAAGUCCUCGUUCUUUUUCCUUUUCUGAAAAUCGAGCUCUCUUUUUCUUCUCUUUUCACAAAAACACCGUCUCUCUCUUGCUAGCAGAUAAGCGGCAGCUAUGCAGAGUGGUGGAAUGGGGAUGGAGAUGGAAUGGCUGUUCUGAAAAUGGCCCAGCAAGGCAUCCCCAACAGCAAUGCCACAACUCUCAGCAGCCAACAGCAAAAGCAGCAGCCGCAGAAGCAGAAGCUAGAGGAGCAGCAGCAGGGGAAGCACACCAUCUUCCAUGAUUUUCUGGGCAUGAAGCCUGGAGAUUCCCCUGUGGUUUUAGCCCCAAAAGCCUCCACCGAUUGUAGGCUCUCUGAGCCUUCUCCCUCCGCCUCCGCUUCCCUUGGGGCUUCCUCCGGCGGUGGCCGUGGCCCCAUCUCCACCACCUCUGAUCUGGGUUCCGAAAGACAGGCUGGAAAUCAUCUUGAGGGGGUUCCAUUCUAUGGCCCGAGGAGUGAUAUUUCUGUGCCUGAGAUAAGUAACAGGUUACUAGGAAGUAAGCGGAGUAAUUCAGACUCGACUUUUAUGGGUUCAUCCAGAGAUGGUGUCCCUCAUAUGGGUCCUGAUCACCUUGAGAGGUCGCAUUUGAUGAAGAUGCUUCGACAUGGACCUGGGGGAGAGCGACCUCGAAGGUCCAAUGACGAUGAAGCAGUCUUUGCUACACAGCCACUGAGGCCAACUUCUGCUUCUCUCAUUUUUCAGUCUCCACUUGGUAGAGUUGAUACCAAAUGGGAACGACUUGCUCCCAUGAAUAUGGGUGCUGCAGUACAGUACCCUCCACGAGGCGGUCAUUUUGUACCCAUGGUGCAUCAAUUACCUUCAAACCGAUUUAGGGAUGCCAAUGCCAUUCCAAACAAUAUUUCUCAAUCAGCAGCAGAUGAGGGAUCCAGAACUGGAAUUAAAGGCCCAGGAAUUUUGAGUUCUAUUAAUGCUGGUAGUGAUGCUCCAGAAAGAAACUCGUCUGGGGUGCUGCCAAGUGGCAGCAGGCAGAAAUCUGGGACUCAUAUUGUAGAGUCAGAACCUUCUAAUCCAAGUCAACAUGGAUUUACAUCAGCUGGUCGGCAGAUGACCAUAUUUUAUGGUGGUCAAGCUCAUGUUUUUGACGAUGUCCAUCCAAACAAGGCAGAUGUUAUAAUGGCUUUAGCUGGAUCAAAUGGAGGAUCUUGGUCAACAACCUACUCACUAAAACCUAAUGCGAGGCCAGGCAGUGAAAGUCGCAUGCCUAGUGGAGAGGUUGAAACCGGUACAGCAAGUAACAACGCAUUGUUGCGAGAAUACCGUGGGAGGUUAUCUAUUCCUGGGAAUUCUAGUCAAGCCGCAGGUUUUGCUGAUCGAACAUUGACACCGGCAGGUGGCCACCAAGUCAGCAAUUUAGCCAAAGAUACAAGAAACAUGAUUCAACCAGCGGAACCCAGUCCAAAAGAGAAAAAUGAGCUGUGAUGUUAGAGAGUUUUCAUAUUUCGAAUCCAGGAUACAGUAUUUAUUCGCAAUUGUAGUUUCCUUGAUAUUUCAGUUUGGUCUCGACUUCUCCAAUUGAACAAUAUUUAAUCCUAUAAUUUUGAAUCUC